AUGGCGGCCCGCCCCACCACCUCCCCAGUGCCUCGGCGCGCCACUAGAGACGGGCCCUUCCAUAAGGAUCGGGACCCCCCGUCCCCCAGGCCCUCCCCGUCCCGUCGCCGACCAGCCUGCUCGCUGCCUGAUGUGUGCCCCAAAGAGCCAACUGGCGAGGGGCGGAGCCUUCGCCAAGGUCCUUCGGUGGUCUCUGAGCACGACCGCUGGACGGUGUACAGUUCCAAGGUCAACCUGCCGGCGGCGCUCAACGACCCGAGGCUGGCCAAACGGGAGUCGGACUUUUUCACCAAGACCUGGGGUCUGGACUUUGUCGAGACGGACGCCCUGCCAUCCUUUUGCCUCCCCAACGUUACUCCAGAAGACUUCAGUGCAUACCUGCAGGAGAGCGUGCAGAGAGAAAGAAUCCAUGAACGAUGUAAGGCUCUUUGUCCGAUAAAAGACGACCUAGUGGACUCCAUCUCAAGUAUCAGCACCACACAAGAAAAGUCAAGAGCAGAAUUGGACCAAGUGCCCAAGAUAUUCCUGAAGCCUGACUUCGCCCUGGAAGAGCCGUCGACCUUUAACGCAGUCUUGCCGUGGUCACACUUCAACAGCAGCGGUGGGCGCAGCAGCCGCGACAUGGCGUCCUCCAAACUACUACAGGAGAAGCUGAGUCACUACCUGGACAUUGUGGAAGUGAGCAUUGCGCGGCAGAUCUCCCUGCGCUCGGAGGCCUUUUUCCACGCCAUGUCAUCGCAGCACGAGCUGCAGGACCGCUUGAAGGAGACUCAGGAGGCCGUGGCUGUGUUACGGCGCCGCACCGCCACUAUCGACCGUGUUAUGUGCCAGGGACCCCUGGCGGCCCUGCGAGCGGCCCUUACACGUAGUAAUUGCGUGAUGCACAACAAGCUAAAACUGAUGGCGGCCGUGCACCAAACGCAGCCCACUGUGCAGCUGCUGCUCUCCACUUCUGAGUUUGUGGGCGCGCUGGAGCUCAUCGCCACCACAAAGGAAGUCCUGCAGCAGGAACUUCAAGGCAUCCACAGCUUCAGACAUCUGGGCUCUCAGCUGUGUGAGCUGGAGAAGCAUGACAAGAUGAUGGUGGAGGACUUCAGCAUGUACGCUCGCAGCGAGCUAAACCGCAGCCUGAGGGAUGACACGCAGCUCCUGGAGAAGGAGCGUCUUCAGUCACUGGUGUUUGGCCUACUGCGCCAGAGGAGAUUGGACUUUUUGGACAUUUACAGCACUGAGAUGAUGGCGGCAGCCAAGGCCAUCGUCUCCCAGUGUGUUGCUGAGCGGCUUUUGACCAUCGAUGACAUUGACACGGAGGUCGUCACAAAGUUGGCCGAGCAGAUGCGUCUGAUGACCUUCCCUCAAUGGUUUGAGCUUCUCAAGGACGUCUUUGAGUGCUUCCUGCUUUUCCUCCAGAGAAUGAAGGCCACACUCGGAGUGAUCAGGUUAGUGGUCCUGGAGGUUCUGGAGUCCAACCAAAAGACUUUAUUGGCGGGGGAGUCCCAUUUGGAAGAACGCCAGCUUAACGCGGCACCCAACUCGUGCGGCGACGUCGCCGAGUUGGCCUACCUGACGCAUGACGGCCCGUUUAUCAGCGAUGCCCUCCACGGUGCCCAACAAGCCAGAGCCAGUACUGCGGAUGCAGAGUCGACAUCCCAGGAGCAGAACUUCAUGCCUGGUGAUAUGAUGCCAUCUGACUUACAGCUGGACCGCGUGCUUAACAACAUCCGGGAGCUUCUCCACACCGCUUCUGACAUUAGUCAUGACCGCUGUGUCAAACUGCUCACUGCCAGAGCCAAGGACGGCUCUCUGGAGCGCAUCAGUUCGGCAGAGUUUGUGAGCCUCUCUGUGGCGGUGGAGGACUUCGCCAAGGAGACGGAGGCCGUGUGCGGCAGGCGUAGCGUAUCCCUGCGGGGGGCGCUGCAGAGUCAGGCCGACCGUUUUGUCCACCGCUUCCACGAGGAGCGCAAGACCAAACUCAGUCUCCUGCUGGAUAACGAGCGCUGGAAGCAAGCGGAGGUUCCUGCAGAGUUUCAGGAACUGGUGGACUCUAUGGCCGACGGCACCAUCGCGCUCACCGUACGAAAGGUGGCAGGUCCAGACGACAGGAAGCCGAGCGACUUCCUGCUGGUGAAGGGGCACAAAUACGCCGUGGUGGGGACAGUGCUUCUGCUCAUUCGGAUCUUUCUGGAAUACUGCCAGUGCGUCAACGACAUCCCGGCCAUUGCAACUGACAUGUUGACACGGCUAGCUGACCUCCUCAAGCACUUCAAUUCUCGCAGUUGUCAGUUGGUUCUUGGCGCCGGAGCGUUGCAAGUGGUCGGCCUUAAGACGAUUACCACUAAAAACCUUGCGUUAGCAUCACGGUGCCUGCAGCUGGUGAUGGUCUACAUCCCUGUCAUCAGGGGACAUUUUGAAAGCAAACUCCAACCCAAACACUUCAGCGUGCUCCGACACUUUGACCACAUCACCAAGGACUACAACGACCACGUGUCGGAGAUCUGGGCCAAGUUGGUGGCCAUCAUGGACGGCGUGUUUGAGAAGGCUCUGACCAAGUACGAGGUGAAGGCCCCGAUGCCGUCGUCGUGUUUCCGGAACGUGUGCAGGCAGAUGCUUAAGAUGCACGAGGCCAUCAAUGACCUCCUGCCUGCCGAUCAGACUCAGAUGCUAUUUUCCAGGAUCAACAGCAGCUUGAAGAUGAACCUGAAGAGGCAGCUGGGUCGACUCGGCGUCGUCAACGAUGGCGGACCGCAGCACGGGCUGGUGGUGGUGGACGUGGCCUUUUACACUGAGAACGUGCAGGCCCUCAAGAACCUGGAGACUUUAGACCUCAACAUGGCUGAGAUCUGGGAGCAGAAGAGGUGA